AUGGCGCGCGCUGUAUCUGGGCUUCCUUCUUGGAUUUGGACUCCUUUUGCUGAUUGGGUUCCCAAUUGGAGUGAGCUUUUGAACGUUCUUGGAGUUGGGUUCCCAGUAGGAAUGGGCUUGCGAUUCCUUCUUGACCUAGGAUGCCUAACCUAUGUAAAUGCAGGGCUUCUCUUCACUCUUCUUCACAUCGCAAACUUAACUUCUCUACUUUCUAGCUUGAGAGAGAUCUUGGAGAAUUUGUACUGCUUGUCGAAGAGAGGAGUCGUUGUGCAUUCCAAGCAAAGGUUAGUUGGGGGAAGUCCGACUAGUUGUCAUCGUGACAUGCGACGGUUGGCAGUUGGGCCAGCUGCUGCCUAUCAUCGUAGGUAUGGGCUGGAGCAUGUUGGGCCUCGUGCGUUGUAG